UGGCCGGCUGUUUCCCGGUACAGGCGGCGCGGGUGUCGCGGCGGGUUGUGCCCGCUCCCCUCGCCCUCCCCGCGGUAGAGGUGGAGCCGCCGGUUCCCCGCCCGCCGCGGCCGUGGCCAUGCUGCGCGGAGCGGCGGCGGCGGCGGCCCGGCGCUGCGGCCCCGGCCCCGGGAAGGCGGCGGCCCGGCGGUGUUGCGGCGCCGGGCGGCAGCGGCGGGAGUGGGUGCCGCCGGCGGGGCGGGACAGCGGGAUCGUGGCUUACAACAGCCGGAGCCGGAGCAAGGAGCCGCUCGUACUGGCCACGGGAGGAGUGGCGACCUGGUACAGCUGCGGGCCGACGGUGUACGACCGGGCACACCUCGGGCACGCCUGCUCCUAUGUUAGGUUUGAUAUAAUUCGAAGGAUAAUGACUAGGUUUUUUGGAAUUGAAGUUAUCAUGGUGAUGGGGAUCACAGACAUAGAUGACAAGAUAAUAAAAAGAGCCAAUGAGAUGAAUAUAUCCCCAGUAGCUCUUGCUCGUAUUUAUGAAGAAGACUUUAAACAAGAUAUGGCUGCCUUAAAGGUUCUUCCUCCUACAGUAUAUAUGAGAGUGACUGACAAUAUUCCUCAGAUAAUUUCCUUUAUAAAAACAAUAAUUGCUAGUGGACAAGCUUACGCAACCUCGCAAGGCAAUGUUUAUUUUGAUGUUAAGUCUUGGGGAAAAAGAUACGGAGUAUUAACUACUAUUUAUCCUGAUACCCAAGAUGAAGUGGUUGGUACUGAUAAACGACAUGGUAAAGAUUUUGCCUUGUGGAAGGCUGCCAAACCUCAAGAGCUGUCUUGGACUUCUCCCUGGGGAAAAGGAAGACCUGGAUGGCACAUUGAGUGUUCCACAAUAUCAAGUGCAGUGUUUGGAAAGCAGCUGGACAUCCAUACUGGUGGAAUAGAUCUUGCAUUUCCUCAUCAUGAAAAUGAAAUUGCACAGUGCGAGGUGUAUCAUCAGUGCGAGCAAUGGGGGAAUUACUUUUUGCAUUCUGGGCAUUUGCAUGUUAAAGGAAGUCAAGAAAAAAUGUCCAAGUCAUUAAAAAACUUCAUAACAAUUAAGGAUUUCCUGAAGAAAUUUUCAUCAGAUCAAUUCAGGAUGUUUUGUCUGCGCAGCAGAUACAGCUCAGCAGUAGAAUUUAGUGACGACACCAUGGAUGAUGCAAAGCACCUUCUUCAGGCAAUCUCCUCAUUUAUCAGAGAUGCAAAUGCUUAUAUUAAAGGACAGCUGGUAUGUGACCCCGUUAGAGAAGACAUACUGUGGGAAAGGCUAGCCAACACAAAAGUAACCGUGAAGGCUGCGUUUGCAGAUGACUUUGACACCUCCAGGGCUGUUGCAGCAAUUAUGGACCUCAUUCACCAUGGCAACAGACAGCUUAAGGCUGUUACUAAGGAUGCUGGAUCUCCUAGAAGCUCUGUUGUGUAUGGAAGCAUUAUUUCCUAUAUAGAAGGCUUUUUUAAUGCCCUUGGGAUGUCCUUUGGAGAAAGACAGGUGGCUCUGGGAGGAGACAACUCUGCUGUGCUCUCUAACGUCAUUGACGAGCUUGUAAGGUUCCGCGCGAAGGUCCGUCAUUACGCGCUUGCUCUGCCGGAAGAAGCAGACGCAGUGCCAAUGGAGGGUGUCGCGGCAGCCGAAGGAGCGAAACAGGAACAGAAGGAAAAGAGGCAGCAGUUAAUACAGGAGAGAAAACCCCUCCUGGAGGCUUGUGACAGUCUGCGUGGAGACCUUGCUGCCUUCGGAAUCCACAUAAAGGACAGAGCUGCUGUUUCAACCUGGGAAAUCGAGGAAGGAGGGCAAGUGGGGCAGCAGACCAAGAAAAAAAGCUGAAACUUCAUCCCUGGACUUUUUUAUUUUGGCUGCUUUGGCAACAGUUGUAAAUACUAACGCUUUCCAAAUAAAAUCUUUGGAACAGAA